AUGUUACUGUCAGAGAGAAAUAAAAGUGGGGCUGCAUUCAUUCUCUUGGGCUUCUCAGAUUAUCCAGAACUGCAAGUCCCCCUCUUCUUGAUUUUUCUGGCCAUCUAUAGUGUCACUGUUGUAGGGAAUAUUGGGAUGAUAGUUAUAAUCAAGAUUAACAUCAAACUGCACACCCCCAUGUACUUCUUCCUCAGCCACCUCUCAUUUGUAGAUUUUUGCUACUCUUCCAUCAUUACUCCCAAGGCCCUAGAAAACCUGGUUAUAGAAGACAGAACCACUUCAUUUCCAGGAUGUGUAAUACAAUUCUUUUUCUUUUAUACCUUUGUGUUAACUGAAUCCUUUUUAUUAGUUGUGAUGGCCUAUGACCGCUUUGUGGCCAUUUGCAACCCUCUGCUCUACACAGUUGCCAUGUCCCAGAAACUCUGUGCCAUGCUGGUGGUCGGAUCAUAUACAUGGGGAAUAGCAUGUUCUUUGAUACUCACAUGCUCUGCUAUCGAAUUAUCUUUUCAGGGUUUCAACACAAUCAAUCACUUUUUCUGUGAGUUCUCUGCAUUGCUCUCCCUGCCUUGCUCUGAUACAUCAGUCAGUGCUGCUUUUCAUUUCUGCCACCUUAAUGAGGUCAGCACACUGCUCAUCAUUCUCUUGUCUUAUAUCAUUGUCACCAUCCUCAAGGUGCGUUCAGCCAGUGGCCACCACAAAGCCUUCUCUGCCUGUGCCUCCCACCUGACUGCCAUCACCAUUUUCCAUGGGAUCAUCCUUCUUCUCUACUGUGUGCCUAACUCCAAAAACUCCAGGCAAACUGUCAAAGUAGCGUCUGUGUUGUACACGGUGGUGAUCCCCAUGUUGAAUCCCCUGACCUACAGUCUGAGAAAUAAGGAUGUCAAGGGUACACUUGGCAAGUUAAUGGACACUAAAGUCUUUUCUUUUUGA